CCUGCCACUCGGAAAAUGGAUUUCGUUACGAUUUUGACAAGAUUGUCACAAAAUUUCGUGUGUUAUUUAUUUGUAAAGUACUUGUUCGGUCUCCUCCGUCCCAAAUUGUCGUCUUUUAGCAUGCUUGUGUAUCAGAAACAAUAGUAAGGCCAAGAAACCAAAUUUGCAGUGAUACGAAAUGACCGUGGACAAGGAAACUUUCUUGACCAACUACCGGAAAGACUACAAAUGGCCCAGUUUCGUGCCUUCGGUGGCCAAACCUGCCCAACCCCCGAUCACCACAAAACCCAACAAUUUCUACGUCGCUAAAUUAAUUGAGCCGUUUUGUCAUUGCGAUGCCCACCGAUAUGAACCCCAAAUGGGAAGAUACAAAAUGUUAGCAGACAAGGAAAAAAUGCUACUUGAAGAGUUACAAUGUUUGGGCAAAGAGAUGUCGAUUUUGGCAGGCGAGGUUUUGGACCAUCCUUGUGAUACUUACGACGAUAAAAUGGCCACAAUUUAUCAAAUUGACUAUAAUAAGAAGGGUCUCGAGGCCAAACAGUACCGCAAGUUGAUGCCAGCUAUUGACUCCCCGGUUGGAGUACCCUUCGAAGGACCUUCAAUCAGUCUGCGGGAGGGGUACAGGGAUCCGACUGCCUUCAGACACUUUGCGAUUCAAAGGCCCAGAAUCGACGUGUGCCCCCCUGUGUCUUUCCAUACAACACCAAAAUCUAUCUCUGAUUGGUUUACACCCCUGACUGGUCGGUCCGAGUACCAAGACACCAUAAGCAAAAUGGGGUUAAGCAUUAUGAAAAGUAGCCAACAAUAUGCUGAGCCUUUGCCUUCGUCGAGGAGACGUUACGGUGACAUGUGUAUGUAAUUGUGCAAAGUUGUAAUUUAGUGUCGUGUCUGUUUGCAAUAAAAUAAUGAAUUGUUUCGUCUUAA